CGACCAGCGCUCCGCCCGAGCCCCGCGAGCCCUCGCCGGCUCCGCGCCCGCCCCGCCCCCCGCGCCUCUCCUCGCUGUCCCCGAUGGCGUUCAAGGCCCGGGGCUGGCGGCCCCCACCGCCGCCGCUGCUCUUGCUGCUGCUCUGGGUGACCGGGCAGGCGGCGCCCGUGGCCGGCCUGGGCCUGGGCUCCGAGACGGAGCUGCAGAUCGAACAGCGCUUCGUGCCUGAAGAGUGCCCGCGCACCGUGCGCAGCGGUGACUUCGUGCGGUACCACUACGUGGGAACGUUCCCCGACGGCCAGAAGUUCGACUCCAGCUAUGACAGAGACUCCACUUUCAACGUGUUCGUGGGAAAAGGACAGCUGAUCGCGGGGAUGGACCAAGCUCUGAUCGGGAUGUGCGUAAACGAGAGGCGUUUCGUGAAGAUCCCCCCAAAGCUCGCUUAUGGCAGUGAAGGCGUUUCUGGUGUGAUCCCCCCAAAUUCAGUGCUUCAUUUUGAUGUGCUUCUGAUGGAUAUUUGGAAUUCUGAAGAUCAGGUUCAGAUUCACACUUACUUCAAGCCCCCGAGUUGCCCUCGGACCAUCCAGGUGUCUGAUUUUGUAAGGUACCACUACAACGGGACGUUCUUGGACGGGACGCUCUUUGAUUCGAGCCAUAACCGCAUGAAGACAUACGACACCUAUGUGGGAAUCGGCUGGCUGAUCCCUGGAAUGGACAAAGGCCUGCUGGGGAUGUGUGUGGGGGAAAAGCGCAUCAUCACCAUCCCCCCUUUUCUGGCCUACGGAGAAGACGGAGACGGGAAGGACAUCCCUGGGCAGGCAUCGCUGGUGUUUGAUGUGGCCUUAUUGGACCUGCACAACCCCAAGGAUGGCAUUUCCAUUGAGAAUAAGGUAGUGCCUGAAAACUGUGAGCGACGAAGCCAGAGCGGGGACUUCCUCCGGUAUCAUUACAACGGCACUCUGCUGGACGGCACCCUCUUUGAUUCCAGCUACUCCCGGAACCGCACCUUUGACACGUACAUUGGGCAGGGCUACGUGAUUGCUGGGAUGGAUGAAGGUUUACUUGGCGUUUGCAUCGGAGAGAAGCGGAGGAUUGUGGUCCCCCCUCACCUGGGGUACGGGGAGGAAGGGAGAGGGAAUAUCCCCGGCUCGGCCGUGCUGGUGUUUGACAUCCACGUGAUCGACUUCCACAACCCUUCAGACUCCAUCAGCAUCACCUCCCACUACAAGCCCCCCGACUGCUCCGUGCUGAGUAAGAAGGGAGACUACCUCAAAUAUCACUACAACGCCUCGCUCUUGGAUGGGACCCUGCUGGAUUCCACGUGGAAUUUAGGCAAAACGUACAACAUUGUUUUGGGAUCUGGACAAGUCGUGCUGGGAAUGGAUAUGGGUCUCCGGGAGAUGUGCGUUGGCGAGAAGCGGACAGUGAUCAUUCCCCCCCACCUGGGCUACGGGGAGGCUGGCGUGGAUGGAGAGGUGCCGGGCAGUGCCGUGUUGGUGUUUGACAUUGAGCUGCUGGAGCUGGUGGCCGGCCUGCCCGAGGGGUACAUGUUCAUAUGGAACGGCGAGGUGUCACCGAACCUCUUUGAAGAAAUUGACAGGGAUGGCAAUGGAGAAGUCCUGCUGGAAGAGUUCUCGGAGUACAUCCAUGCCCAGGUGGCCUCUGGCAAAGGGAAGCUCGCUCCUGGUUUUGACACUGAGAUGAUUGUGAAGAACAUGUUCACCAACCAGGACCGGAACGGAGACGGCAAGGUCACGGCAGAGGAAUUUAAACUCAAAGACCAGGAGGCCAAACAUGAUGAACUCUAACCCUGAUACAAGCCACUGUGUGACACCAAGGCCCCCGUCGUGACACGGCGUGCCAUGAGCGUGUGAGGGUCUCUCAGAAGGUGAAUUGUCAGCAAGUGGUAGUGGGUCACACAUCAAGGGGGGGGUGGAUACACAUGGUGAGAAUUUUAGGCCGAAUGCCAGUGAUACUAGACCAAAUCGGUGCGCGGUGCCUUAGCGUGGGCUGUGUAGGGUACGGAAAAGGCUGUACUGCCAACCGUUGCUCUGGGGGCCUCCUGGGUAGUUUUGUUAUUAACAGAAAAUAGUGUCAUGCAGAAGUUAUAACCAUCUUGGAGGGAACAGAAGAAAAAGGGUCCAGGAUAUCUACGUAAAGAGGGUGAAGAAAACAUUUUUUAACUCGCUGGUGUUUUAUAAGCUUUGUCCAGAUGGGCAGGAAAAAAAUACAGGGCAUGUCCCAGCAGGGUUCCCAGAAGGCCCCAGAAAACUUCUCAGUGGCCUGUACAGUGCCUUCCGGUGAGGCUGAGCCUCCACCUCCCCCCUACACACGUGCCCGUGCACGCACACACACUUUUCUAGUUAAUCACGCGCCACGCCUUGCGGUCCUCUGAUUGGCUGGGUAACUUGGAGGUUAAAAAGAAAGUCAGCGGGCCAAACUAAAGGCCUCUAGGACCACGGGUAGAGAACUUGAUUCUGUGUGCGCCACAUGCGGUUACCUGUGUCCCUCUUUCUUGUUCCCAUCGCUCCCUGUCCUGUAGUGUGCACUGAAUCCUUCGAUCAGAUACGCACAGGGCUGGCGCCAAGCCGAGCUCCAGAGUGUCACUGUGGCCGAGGUGGAUAUGUCAUCCCAACAGAUGAGCAUAAAUAAGGUGACACAUUUCUGCUGCUCCUCUGUGUCCUUGACAGGGAAGUGCCCUAAAGCCCGGGCCUCGCUCUGCAGAGGAAGACAAGGAUUUUAUACCUGCUGGCCUGUCCCCCUGUUACGCAGUAACCACCCUGCUGCCUAUGUCCUCUGUUCCCAACCGGUGGUGGCACUCACCCUGAAGUAAUCCAGGAUUUUCCUUCUGAAACUGCUUUAUUUUACUAAUUUAAAUGGUUUUGUACUGAUGUAGCUCUGUGGUAGUCUGUGCAAACGCCAUGCACUCGUUCAGUUGAAUGUUGGAAAACUGAUCUUUCCGUAUAUAAAAUGUU